UUAACUGCACCUGGCAGGCCAACAGAUCAACUACUGCUGGCUGCAAACUUCAAAAUACAUUUAGGCUUUUACUCUCUUUUCCUGUGGUACGCCACCUAACCUGGUAAAUGGAUUCUUUAUCAAAAGUGGAUGAGCCAUUUCCUACACCUCCCCCUUACUUCUUUCCAGAUGAAAGUCGAACAGGGCAAGAUGUGAGGAUCUACCACAUCCGCUCACCCUUCAGCCCUCCACCACCUCCUCCUUCCUUCUCCUUUUCUCCAGGACAUGGCUGCUCCACUCAAACUCACUCACCGCUACCAGUGUCUGCUCCCCCGCCGUCUACCCCCAGGCCAAAGUUUGUCAGCUAUGAGACCGAACUCUACCGCUCUCCAGCUCUGACAAGUUGCCCCGCCUGUCAGACUCAGGUCACCACACAGGUCACCCACAAAGUCGGGGCACACGCAUGGCUCAUGUGUCUUGUGUUUGUAUUAUGUGGGUUGGUGUUUGGAUGCUGCCUGAUUCCAUUUUUUGUAAACCACUUCAAGGAUGCCUAUCACAUUUGUCCUCGCUGUCGACGGGUUCUUCACGUACACAGGAAGACAUGCUGUGAAUGAACACACACAGGCUCAACAGUUUGUUUGUUUCUCUUUAACAGAAGUUCAAACUGGCUGUAAUAAAACUUAUCCAUCCAGUUAGGAUAAUUUAAAAUGGAUUGAUUUAUGUUUAACUGUAUAAUAGAUAAUUUCCUGUUAUGUAGAACAUUUUAAACUAUAUUUUAAUCAUGUUUUGUACCAAAAUCAUAUCAAAUAAAUGUUUUCAAUGCCAAACUUUAUUUCAUGUUUUCU